AUGGUUGAACUUCCUCCAAAUCCAAAAGAUCUGAAUGAAUACGGGAAGUUUGCCUUUCUCAAUGAAAUGCAUACUAUGGCCUCGCAAAUUGUUCAAUAUGUUAAAGGCGAUGACCAAGCAACGGCAUUAAUUAAUUCUGCAAUAGAAGCAAUAGAAGGAGAGCGACAAACAUUGCGAGGAUCUUUUCGGGGAAACUAUACUCGGCCGGAAUCAAAGAAUGUUAUAUCUCUAAUCAUGCGGUGUUCUGAAUUAUAUUUGCAAUCUGGUAUAUGGUACGAUAUGUGCAGAGCAAAUAUCAGGUUAGCCGCCGAUGCAAAAGAGAACGAAAAUUUUCUUGAUGAUGUACGCAACUGUUUUAACUCUCCUGAUCUUACUGAGAGAUACGUUAUUUCGAGCCCUAUCAUUGAGCUCACUUUAACACGUAUAGAAAUGAUGAAAUUCUUCGAGUCAGAGCAAAUCGAACUUUAUAAAGGUCCAGAACCUGGACAGCACGAGCAUCUUACAAAUUUCGAGUUUUCAUCAGAUGACUCUGAUGAUUCUGCUGACAGAUUUAACAAAGCAGAAAUAGAUGAAAGAUACGUAGAUUUAGAUAAGUUGGUUCUUGAUGAUCACGAUUAUUUACUCGCCCGUGAAAAUCAAGCCUGGGCUGUUCUACGUGAAAUCAGAUUUUUAGGAUCUCUUGCUUGUCUAAUUUAUUAUAUCAUUCAUAUUGCUCUCAUCGCUUAUGUUUGCGCCGUUACUCGUAGAAGAAAAUCAUUUUCUGUAUGCGCAAACCUUGGAACAGCAAUAAUUAUGUUUAUGAUAGAAGUUGUUUCGUUAAGAACAUGUCUUAUUGCAUGUUGUCGUCCAGAUAAUCCGAUCGAAUGUAUUUAUCCAGGUUUAGAACUUUACGUCACAGAAUAUGUCACUGCAAUAUUUGCUAGUAUCAUAAUGGCAAUUGGUUGCAUCGUAGACCGAGAGCAUUUACAUACAAUUUUACUUGUCCUCACAAUUCAUCACUGGGUAUCACUUAUCUGGCCAUUAUGCACUCAGUUUAUAUUCACAAAGACAUACCACCGUGUAGAAAGAAAAUUCAGAUGGAUCAGAAUUAAAUUCUUUACUACAAAAUGGUGGACAGUAUACAGAGUUGUUUCAUUCAUCUUGUUCACUCCAUCUGUGCCAGGAAUCGAAACAAUUUUGUUCUCUAAAUUGAGAAACAUGCCAACUGUCACGAAAAUGGCGCCACAGCAACUAAUUGAUCUCUAA